AACAAUCUCCCGAAACGGUGUCAAGUAAAACGCCCGCGUGGCCGCUCUCAGGUUUCUCUACGUCAUGGUUAAGCUGGUCAGCCUGUGAGACGCUUGUGUUGCCGAUCCAUGACCGUCAUUGAUCACACUCUGCCGCCAUCGUUGCUUCGGUCGGUGUCGUUCCUUCGCCGGGCGUUUCGCAUUGACUUGUGUUUUACCCCUGAGAAGUCGUGAGAAAAUAUUGUAACUUACGUGGGAUCUGCGUCGCGAAAUCGCGUAUUUCGCAGCGCUAAGAGACAAUGAGUAAUAUAUUCGGUCUCGAGGACGAUCAAUACGACGAGGAGGAUGCGGAGGAAAUCUCGUCCAAGCUCUGGCAAGAAGCCUGCUGGAUCCUCAUCAAUGCAUACUUCGACGAGAAGGGUCUCGUGCGGCAGCAGCUGGACAGCUUCGACGAGUUCAUCGAGAUGUCCGUUCAGCGUAUCGUCGAGGACUCGCCGCAGAUCGAGCUGCAGGCGGAGGCGCAGCACACCACGGGCGAGAUAGAGAAGCCCGUGAAGCACCUGCUGAAAUUCGAGCAGAUUUACCUGUCGAAGCCGACUCACUGGGAGAAGGACGGCGCGCCGUCCCCCAUGAUGCCCAACGAGGCCAGAUUGAGGAAUCUAACGUACUCCGCGCCGCUGUACGUGGACAUCACCAAGACGAUCGAGAAGGACGGCGAAGACCCCGUGGAGACGCAGCAUCAGAAGACGUUCAUCGGGAAGAUACCGAUUAUGCUGAGAUCCAAGUAUUGCCUGCUCGCCGGUCUGUCCGACCGCGAUCUGACGGAGCUGAACGAGUGCCCGCUGGAUCCCGGCGGGUAUUUCAUUAUCAACGGCUCGGAGAAGGUGCUGAUAGCGCAGGAGAAAAUGGCCACGAACACCGUUUACGUGUUCAGCAUGAAGGACGGCAAGUACGCGUACAAGGCGGAGAUCCGCUCCUGCCUGGAGCACAGCUCGCGCCCGACUUCGACUCUGUGGAUCAACAUGAUGGCCAAGAGCGGCGCCAGCAUCAAGAAGUCCGCUAUAGGCCAGCGCAUCAUCGCCAUUAUUCCCUACAUCAAGCAGGAGAUCCCUAUAAUGGUGGUUUUCCGGGCGCUCGGCUUCGUGGCCGAUCGCGACAUCCUGGAGCACAUUAUCUACGACUUCGACGAUCCCGAGAUGAUGGAGAUGGUGAAGCCGUCCUUGGACGAGGCCUUCGUCAUACAGGAGCAGAACGUCGCGUUGAAUUUCAUCGGCACCAGAGGCGCGAAGCCGGGAGUGACCAAGGAGAAGCGGAUCAAGUACGCUCGGGAGAUCCUGCAGAAGGAGAUGCUGCCGCAUGUCGGCAUAAGCGACUUUUGCGAGACCAAGAAAGCCUAUUUCCUUGGCUACAUGGUCCACAGAUUACUCUCGGCGUCCCUGGGACGCAGAGAACUGGACGAUCGCGAUCAUUACGGUAAUAAGAGGCUGGACCUGGCCGGGCCGCUGCUGGCGUUCCUGUUCCGAGGUCUGUUCAAGAACCUGAUGAAGGAGGUGCGUCUGUACGCGCAGAAGUUCAUCGAUCGGGGAAAGGACUUCAAUCUUGAGCUGGCUAUCAAGACGAAGAUCAUCACGGACGGGCUGAGAUACUCGCUCGCCACAGGCAACUGGGGCGACCAGAAGAAGGCGCACCAGGCGAGGGCGGGGGUGUCGCAGGUGCUCAACAGAUUGACCUUCGCGUCGACGCUGUCGCACUUGAGGCGAGUCAACUCGCCCAUCGGGAGGGACGGCAAGCUCGCCAAGCCGCGUCAGUUGCACAACACGCUGUGGGGUAUGCUCUGCCCCGCGGAGACCCCCGAGGGCGCCGCGGUAGGGCUGGUGAAGAAUCUAGCCCUGAUGGCGUACAUAAGCGUCGGCUCGCAGCCCUCGCCCAUCCUCGAGUUCUUGGAGGAGUGGUCCAUGGAGAAUCUCGAGGAGAUCGCGCCGAGCGCGAUCGCCGAUGCCACCAAGAUAUUCGUCAACGGAUGCUGGGUCGGCAUCCACCGCGACCCGGACCAGCUGAUGGCCACCUUGCGCAAAUUGCGGCGGCAGAUGGACAUCAUCGUGUCGGAGGUGUCGAUGGUGCGCGAUAUCAGGGACCGCGAGAUAAGGAUAUACACGGAUGCCGGCAGGAUCAGCAGACCUCUGCUCAUAGUGGAGAAUCAAAACUUGUUGCUGAAGAAGAGGCAUAUUAACAUGUUGAAGGAGAGGGACUACAACAAUGACGGGUGGCAGGAACUAGUGGGUAGCGGAGUGGUAGAGUACAUAGACACCCUGGAGGAGGAAACCGUCAUGAUAGCCAUGUCGCCCGAUGAUCUCAGACAGGAGAAAGAGUACGCGUAUUGCACGACGUACACGCACUGCGAGAUUCAUCCUGCGAUGAUCUUGGGCGUGUGCGCCUCCAUUAUACCGUUCCCCGAUCACAAUCAGAGCCCUAGGAACACGUAUCAGAGCGCUAUGGGUAAACAAGCCAUGGGCGUGUACAUCACCAAUUUCCACGUGCGCAUGGACACUCUGGCUCACGUGCUCUAUUAUCCCCACAAGCCGCUGGUCACCACGCGGUCCAUGGAGUACCUGAGGUUCCGUGAGUUACCGGCCGGCAUCAACAGCAUCGUCGCGAUCCUGUGUUACACGGGAUACAAUCAGGAGGACAGCGUUAUUCUCAACGCGAGCGCCGUCGAGAGGGGCUUCUUCAGAUCGGUGUUUUAUCGCUCCUACAAGGAGUCCGAGUCGAAGAAGAUCGGCGACCAGGAGGAGCAAUUCGAGAAACCGUCGCGCCUGACCUGCCAGGGGAUGCGCAACGCUAUAUACGACAAGUUGGACGAUGACGGGAUCAUCGCGCCUGGAAUUCGAGUGUCGGGUGACGACGUGAUCAUAGGAAAGACGAUUACUCUGCCGGAAACGGAUGACGAGCUGGACAGCACGACGAAACGUUUUACGAAGCGCGACGCGUCGACUUUCUUACGGAACAGCGAGACCGGUAUAGUCGAUCAAGUGAUGUUGACGUUGAACAGCGAGGGAUACAAAUUCUGCAAGAUCCGAGUGCGCAGCGUACGUAUACCGCAGAUCGGCGACAAAUUUGCGUCGCGCCACGGGCAGAAAGGUACAUGUGGAAUUCAGUACAGGCAGGAGGACAUGCCGUUCUCCUGCGAGGGUCUCACUCCCGACAUCAUCAUCAAUCCUCACGCUAUCCCUUCUCGUAUGACUAUCGGUCACUUGAUAGAGUGCAUUCAAGGAAAAGUUUCGGCUAAUAAAGGAGAGAUCGGUGACGCCACGCCGUUUAACGACGCCGUGAACGUGCAAAAAAUCUCGACGCUUCUGCAGGAGUACGGUUACCAAUUGCGAGGAAACGAGGUGAUGUACAACGGACACACGGGUCGUAAGAUCAACGCGCAGGUCUUUCUGGGGCCGACGUAUUAUCAACGUUUGAAACACAUGGUGGACGACAAGAUCCACAGCCGAGCGAGAGGACCUGUGCAAAUUUUAGUCAGACAACCUAUGGAGGGUCGAGCGAGGGAUGGUGGACUUCGUUUCGGAGAAAUGGAACGGGAUUGUCAAAUUUCUCAUGGCGCGGCGCAGUUUCUGCGAGAACGUCUAUUCGAGGUGUCAGAUCCAUACAGAAUUCAUGUAUGUAAUUUCUGCGGUUUUAUCGCUAUAGCGAAUCUGCGGAACAACACCUUCGAAUGCAAGGGAUGCAAAAACAAGACGCAAAUCUCGCAAGUAAGACUGCCGUAUGCGGCCAAGUUGCUCUUCCAGGAAUUAAUGGCAAUGAAUAUCGCGCCUAGACUCAUGAUACACUGAGUAGUUUGUAAAUAAUUUAUUUUAUAUAAAAUAUCAACUUAUCAAUGUGUAUAUACAGAUUACAUACCGUAUUAUCAUACAAUAAAACAGAUUGAUAAACAAUUUUUCACAAGUUUCUGACGUUUAGAACUAGCAAGUAUUUGUUAAUACCAAAAUGUAGUAAUCUUUAUAUAUAUGUCAAAGGCAAUAUUGCUCGAGGUUAUUAAAGUUUUGUGAUAAUAAAA